GUAGAAGAGAGAUGGACUUGGCCCUCUAUGUGUGUUUAUUUGUAUCUCCAUUAGCUUUUUCAGAAGCAGCAGCUACUCUUCCUGGGGUCCACAAAAAAAACAUGACAAGAUAAAAACACUCAUACACUGAUAGUCACACAAAUAAUGUGCGUUUGUGUGUGAACGAGCUGCCUAGCGAAAGAGGUGUGUCACAUGUAGUACACAGAACUGGAAUAAUUAUAUUUCUACAGUGUAGUCGCGUUUCCGCGCGCCUCACAUGAACGAGCAAACUCUCUCCCGUGUAUCGAUGAAGCUGGUUGAAACAUGGCGGACUUCCUGCCGACCCGAUCCGUGCUAAACCAGUGCUUCCCAGUUUGCCUGCUUUCCAGCACCGAGGUUGAACAGCUGAGGAAAUCUAAGGAGAUUGACAAAAGUCUUUCCCGAGACAAAACCUACGCGGAACGACUAGUGAAGAUACUUUUACUGGGCGCGGGCGAGAGCGGCAAAUCCACUUUCCUCAAACAGAUGAGGAUCAUCCACGGGCAGGACUUCGACCAGCAAGAUCGUGAAGAGUUCCGGGCAACAAUUUACAGCAAUGUUAUCAAAGGUGUGCGUGUGUUGGUGGACGCACGGGAGAAGCUUCACAUCCCCUGGGGUUCCCCUGACAACCAGGUGCACGGAGACAAUGUGAUGUCAUUCGACACACGGUCUGUGAUGAUGGCGAACGGCCAGGUGGAGACGAGCGUGUUUCUCAAGUACCUGCCCUCCAUCCAGGUCCUGUGGGCCGACAGCGGAAUACAACAGGCCUACGACAGACGCAGGGAGUUCCAACUGGGUGAGUCUGUGAAGUAUUUCUUGGACAAUGUGGAGAUGCUGGGGGAGCAGAGCUACAUCCCUUCCCAGCAGGACAUCCUGCUAGCCCGCAAGCCCACUAAAGGCAUCCAUGAGUACGACUUUGAGAUCAAGAGCGUUCCCUUCAAGAUGGUGGACGUGGGAGGACAGCGCUCAGAGAGACGACGGUGGUUUGAGUGUUUUGACUCUGUCACCUCCAUACUGUUCCUAGUGUCUUCUUCAGAGUAUGACCAGGUCUUGAUGGAGGACCGACAGACCAACCGUCUGAGAGAGUCAUUGAACAUCUUUGAAACGAUAGUCAACAACCGAGUCUUCCUCGCCGUCUCAAUCAUCCUCUUCCUCAACAAGACUGACCUCCUGGAGGAGAAGGUCUCGAACAUUUCGCUGAAGAAAUACUUCCCAGAGUACACGGGGCCGGACCACAGUCUGCCGGACGUCCAGAAGUUCCUAGUGGACUGUUUCCGGGGGAAGAGAAGAGAUGCGACACAGAAGCCCCUCUACCACCACUUCACCACGGCCAUCAACACAGAGAACAUCCGCCUGGUGUUCCGAGAUGUCAAGGAUACCAUCCUCCACGAAAACCUCAAACAGCUUAUGCUCCAGUGACCUAUGACCACUAGAGAGGACCUGAGAGGAACCAGCCUCAGAGAGAACCCCAGAGAGGACCUCUUCUCCCGCCUAAAAGAAGACCUGAUUGAGGACUGCUCUCACCUUCAAAAGAGGACCGGAUUGAGGACCCCAGUGCCUUGGGGAGGACCUUGAUGUUCCACUUUUGUUGUUUCAAUGGUUUUAUUUAGUUUUUACUGCACUGUGUUGAGUGGAUGGUCUAUAGACUGCUCUGAGGUCAGUUUGACCUUUUAGGAGCCAGGGACAUGAUUGAACGCUGGAUAAUAAGCACUGUCCUUGGAUCAGUUUUGAAGCCUGCCAUGCUGUCAUAGCCCCGCUCCUGUCCACUGAUCUGAGACCUGUGUGACUGACAGAAACCACAAUGCGUUAAUACAACAACGUCUUAAUAACCCUUAAUCACUGUGUGUGUGUGUGUGUGCGCGCCCUGCGCUAUCUGUGUAUACCUGUUUUGGCAUUAGCUAUCAUGUAAUCAAUCAUGUCUUUAUAGUCAAUACAUUUUAACGUGUGUAUACAGUUUACAAAUUUCUACCUUUCUAUUCCCAGGUAGUUCACAUGUAAUUCUGCUGUAAGGACACAACACACACACUUGGAUGGUGAUCUAGUAUUGUUAUCUCAGGGUUGGAUGGAGGUACCGCUACAAAGGAUGUCCUUAUUGUGUUAUUAUUGUAAUAAACAGUCUGUCCAUAGGGCUGUAGUCUGUCUAUACCCUCAAAUUCAAAUCUGGACCGCCACUGCUUUUAAAUUUGUAUUCUUCCCCCUCCAAUCAGGGACUGAUUUUAGACCUGCGACACCACAUGGGUGCAAUUAAUUAUCAGGUAGAACAGAACCAGCAGCACUCCGUAUCUCGUAGAGUCAGAGUUGAAAACUCCCGGUCUCUAGUGUAUAUCCCAGGUUGAAGCUUUUGAUUUUUUUGUUAAAUGUCUUCCUGUGAGAACCUGUUCUGGGACGUAUUCACUAAGCAUGAAGUGGAAGAAAACGGGCUGAAACAGGGAUGUACUAUCUGAACUUGUCCAAUAAGAAACGCUUGUUUUCUUUUUCCAUUGCACAAUGUUUUGAAACGUUUUUCUACAGUGUGCCCUAACGGACCAGAAAAGCAGAGGGGGCAUGUCUCAGACCCUGGGCUACUUUAAUUUGGGGUGCAACUUUCCAGAACUUUCAGGCAGAUUCGUAUGCGUGUUCAUUUCUGUCUGAACUUUCUAUAAUGUUUUUGCCCCCACGGAACGUGGCCCAGGUUACCACGACAAGUUAAAGGUACCGCCUCCUCCUUCCCUUCCCAUUGGUGGCCUUGUAAAGGGACUUGUGUUAUUGGUCAGUGAGGUUGUCUGUCUAAUGGAUGUGAUCAUGUUUAUAGUUGCACAGACUGACUCAAAUGUAUCUUUUAGUUUCAAAUAUGACAGAUUAGUUUGUUUGUUUUCAUGUCCAUACUGUAACCUGUUGUUGAUGACAAUAGUGUGUGUAUAGGUAUGCCAACACUGUAAGAUACGCCACCUCAUAGGGCUGAGAGACAGCUAGAGACUGACUCCAGAUUAGCGUUUUGAGCGUUUCUCUCCUGCCACGUCACACUGCCUUUUAUAUGACUGUAUAAAGAUCGACUGUCCUAGUUUCUCUAGCUCCGGAGAUGACGUGCCUGUCUUUCCACUGUGCCUCGCUCUGGCCUUGUACAGACUGACGCCUGGGCCCAGUUUCACAAAACCUUUUAGAAGACAUUUCUUAAGUGCCAUUUUCUCCCCAUAACUUUAUACCUAUUCAAAUGUGCUAUUCCUCAAUAAGGUUAUUGCAAAUGUCCUUAAGUUUCUUCCUAAGAAAAUAGUUUAAAAUACAUUUUGAUUCUUGAAAAGGAAGUUAUUGGAUUUGUUCUUGUAAUUCCAAGAUGGCUAUAGUAAACACUUGUCUUAAACUCAUGGAAGUGAGAAAAUAAGCUAAUGAAAGCAAUUGAACAUGUUUAUUGACUCUACUGAAACUUUCAGUUGGAUUUGUUUUAAAUCCAAUAAAACAUUUUAGACCAGUAAUCUCGGUAAGAAAUAUGCUAACAUGAUUGCCCUUGCUAGAUAGCUCUGUUGCCUAGCGACAAUCAUCUUAGGAAGAUAUUUAAGAAGUCCAUUUGAGUGCUUAUGAGCUUAUUUAUUUUUAAAAAGCUUCAGUUUUUGCAUAACUUUUGUAAAACUGUGCCCUGAUGCCUUAGUUGUAAUCUAAAACUGUUUACUUCCAUGUUUUAAAUGAUUCAACAACAAAAUCACUGUUUCACGGUUGGCCUUGUCAAUGAACAUAUGUUUCUUUCUCUUUAACAAUCUGCAUUUUUUUAUAUGCCACUAAUUUUUACCAAUAAAACACUUUUUCUAA